UCAGCAGUUAAAAAAUAUUAGCUUCUGUACAUUAAAGGGUUCAAUUCAGGGAGUUCAUUUUGCCCAUAUACUUGGAGGAUGGUAACAUGCACAAAUUGCAUGCAAAAGGAGCAUAAAUUCUUUGUGAACUCUGAUUGGCUUUUUGAAAUCUUAAUCCAAGGACCAUGGAAUUUUUUGAAGAUGACAUAGAUUUUGAUACGGUUAAUCAAAGUAGAACUGAAAGACAAACACUGAGAGAAAAUUCUACAGAAUUAUUAGUUGAAGAAAUCAGAGAAAGAAGUAGACAGACACAGUGGCAAUUAAACUAUCAAGAAGCGGCCAUUUAUUUAGAGGAAGGAGAAAACAAUGAUAAAUUUGACACUCACCCACGAGAUCAAUCUGCUCUACCGGCUUACGAAGUGGCACAUAAUAGAUGGUUUCAUCUAUUAGAUUUGAUUGCAGCCAUAUUAGUCCUGUUGGUGGCAAUAUGUGAAAGACCAGCUAUUGAAUACUUUAGCUUGCCAGUUGGGAUACAUGCAUCAUUGGAGAUGCUUGGGUUGCUUAUUCUUAGUUUAGAACUAGGAAUACGCUUCAAAUGGGUUGGAUGGAGAGCUUUUUUUAAACAUAAAAGAACCGUUAUAAAGUCUUGUACUAUUAUAUUCAUGUUGAUAGAAUCAAUUGUGGUAUUAGUACGCCAGACAAGUCACUUCAGAGUCACAAGAGCCCUGCGGCCAUUAUUUUUGAUACAUACUUAUUACUGUCGUGGAGUCAGAAGAAUAACCAGACAGAUAUUACAGUCACUACCUCCUAUUUUGGACAUGAUCAUAUUACUCUUAUUUUUUAUGCUAAUUUUCUCCAUCUUUGGUUAUUAUCUCUUCUCCAGGAACAAAGAUGACAUGUAUUUUUCAACUUUAGAGAAAAGUUUUGUUAAUCUAUUUAUUCUACUUACAACAGCCAAUUUUCCAGAUGUGAUGAUGCCAUCUUAUAAUCAAUCAAAGUUUUAUUCCAUAUUUUUUAUAGUGUAUUUAUCUCUAGAACUUUAUUUUCUUAUGAACUUGUUGUUGGCCGUUGUUUAUGAUACAUUCUCAAAUUUGGAGAAAACCAAAUUUCAAAAACUUCUUAUUCACAAACGGAUUGGAUGCCAACAUGCCUUUAAACUUCUGGUUUCAGAUCAGAAUCAACAUGAGCUUCACAUGAAACAUUUUAUGGGUAUGAUGAAGAAAUACCAUCCCUCAAAAAGUAGAAGAGAUUGUUAUCUAGUGUUUAAGAGUUUGAAUACGAGUAACACUGGUUGGUUAAGUAUAGAAGAAUUCUAUGGUAUAUAUGAUGUUGCUGGUGUAUCAUGGAAGUUAAAGAAUGAAGAUCGGAUCUGGUCUUCCAGUUUUAAACACCCCUUUAAUAAAAUAUUUAAAGCUUUUAAUAUGUUGGUGAGGUUUAAAUGGUUUGAUUAUGUCAUAUAUUUGGUAAUUGGUGCUAAUUUUUUGUGGAUAUUAAUUGAAACUAUUAGAUUAUCUGCAAAAUCUGUUAAUUUGGCAAACUAUGAUUUUACUGCAAGCUGGGCAUCUAUUGUUUUUGUCUGUAUAUAUUCUGUUGAAGUUAUUAUUAAGAUAUUAGGAAAGGGACCAAUGGAAUAUUUCACAUUAGGCUGGGAUGUGUUUGAUUUUUUGGUAACAGUUCUUAGUGUUAUUGGGGUGUUAGGAGAAAGAUUUGAAAACAGUUUUUAUUAUGUUAUAGUGCUCAGACCAUUUCGAUUGCUCAGGUUAUUUAAAGUAAAGAAACGAUAUAGAGAUGUAUUGGGAACAUUGUUUGUUCUCUUUUCAAAACUAACAAGUUUAGCCAUUGUAACUAUAUUGGUUUAUUAUUUCUUUGCUAUUAUUGGUAUGGAAAUGUUUUUAAAUGUUGACCUUAAAAAUUGUUGCAAAAAUACCAGCGUGGAAGAUUUUUAUGCCUAUGACAAUAAUUCAAUCUUUCAUGGGUAUUACUACCUCAAUAAUUUUGAAAAUAUUUUAGCAUCUGGUGUGACAUUAUUUGAAUUAACAGUUGUUAAUAAUUGGUUUAUUAUAAUGGAAGGUUUUGCUGUUGUAGUUAGUCAGUGGACUCGUGUUUAUUUUAUGUUAUUUUAUAUUGUUAUGAUGGUUGUUAUGAAUAUUAUUGUUGCUUUUGUGUUAGAAUCAUUUUUGUUUCGUAUUCAAUACAGACGUCAAAUGAAACUUGAUGAUAUGGAUGAUGACAGUGUAUAUAGAGUAGAAGUAUCAUUAUCAGAAGAAGAAGUAGAUAUGUGUGAAAAACCUUUCUCUAUUCUAUCUGGUCAUUUGAUUCAAUUACAAGCUGAUCAACCAGGAGCUUAUGUCUACAAAGGAGAGAGAUCUAGAACAAAAGAUGAUUUUAGUAUUAAAAUGUAUGGUGAUGAAGUUAAAACAUGGCUAUUGGAAAUGGACAAGGAGAGAACUAGUAUUAUAGAAAGUAUGAAAGGAUUACGUACAAGACAAAGACCAAAUUCACUUAAUUUAGAACAAAAUGGUGUCUCAGAACAAUUGGAAGUUAAUUGUUAAAAAACAAAUUUAUCUGUUGCAUUAAAUAUAAACUACCGGUAAUAAUGGAUACCAAAAACUGUAGAGUUCCCUUUAAUGGUAUUCUGUUGUGAUAUCUUUGAAUAGUUUGCAUUACAUAAGGCUAAACAUUACAUAGUCUAAAAGACAACGAAAUCCAAAUUUCAUAUGAUGUACUUUUAAUAAGUCACAAAAUAUUUAUUAUAUGUAUUAUUUAUAGUAGCAGUACCAGAUAUAUUUUUGUGAAUAAUACAGAUUAAUUUGGGGUGCAAACCUUUAACUUGUCGUGUGCAUAACUAUAUAUAUAUAUAUAUAUAUCAAUUAGUCAUUUAACUUGAAAUGCUUCCGUGAUGUUAAAUUGGGAAAAGUACAUCGAACAAAUACAAAUUAAAUUUUUUCAGUAUUGUUUGAUGUUAGUAUUAUUUAUAUUAAAAAGGUAUUGGUGAAUGCAAAAUUUGAAGUUUAAAUUUAAUUUGAUCCAAACGAUAUUAAAUUAUUUAUAUGUAAUAAGGGACCAUAGCUGUGGAUUCGAACUUCUAAAUUUAUUAUCUUCAUCAGGAAAUUGCAUUUUAGUCCUUCAGGAUUGCGAUUAAGGGAUAAUAAUUUAAUAGGAACUACCAGUAAGCUAAUUUUUGUUUUUUCCCCUUGAAAGUUACUCGGAUAUACAUGUAUAUCUAGUAUAUUUGUUUUCUAAUUUAUUGCACUGUGUAAUUGCUUAGUCUUAUUCUUCCGUAUUUUUUGUAUAUUUUCUUAUUUACUGAACCAUUAUUCAUAAGUAUGUUGCUAUUAAUCCAUAUUCCUGUUUAGAUUGCAGAAAAAAGCCAAAAUGUUAUUAAUGCCCAAUAUUGAUCUUAGAUGGGUGGGUUUCAAAAUCUCCAUUAGAAGAUAUGCUUCAAAUGCGACAUUAUUUUCAGAAUUGAUACCAAUGGGAAUAAAUGUCACCGUCUACGUUAUGUAUUUGAUUCUUUCUCUCUUAAUAAAAUAAAAUUUUCACCAUUCUGACAUUUUAAGCUACACUAAUACACACUAAAGUUUGAGGGGGAAGGGAGAAAUAGGAUUUGAUUAUUGAUUAUAAAUGUUUGUAUUAUAGUGUACAUAUAUGAUAUAUAAAGUGCUAUUUCACAUAUUGUGCAUGUUAUACAAAAUGAAAUAGAACCAUGAAGCAUCACAUUAUGUGGAUUUCAAGUGUUGUAUAAAUACAUGAUAUAUAUCACCAGAUAAUGGCUUCUACUAAUCAUCGACUAGAGCAGGCAUUUUUGUCAAUGUUUCCCAAGCUAUUGCAAAAAGUGAGCAAGGAAAGAUAUGUUAUAAAUAUGGAAAGUCUACAAAUCAUCUACUUUAAUUGGCAUUUAGUAAUUGAACAUAUUAACACAAGGUACAAUUUUAUGGAUAUACAAUUACUGAAUUUGAUACUAAGCGACGUUUCGACAAGGAUACUCUCGUCUUUAUCAAGCAAAUGAUACAAAUAUGUGAAUCAUAUCCAAAAUUUAAAUUAUUACAUAAAAGUUGAUCAAGUUAUGGAUAAGUAAAAGUGAUUAAAAAAAAAACACACUUGACAUUAUUAGCAAGCUGUUUCUGUCAAAAUUUCAAUUAUCCAAAAUUCUUGUGAUGUUUCAAGAAAUCAUUUAUAUUUUGGAUGUGAUGUGUGGAAUAUGUAUAUCUAUAACAUAUUUUUCCUUGCCGGUCACUUUUUACAAUACUUAUGGGUGUUACUGACAGAAAUAACCUCUUGUUAGUGAUUAGUGGAACUGCUAGGUAACUAUAGUAUUUAAGUACCAUGUCUUUCAUGUUUGAUAAUCAUAUAUUCAAUAUUACAUCUUUAUAUUAUAAUGGUUCAUUGGAAGUUUUUUUAAACAAUAUACAGCUAGUGGUUUGUAAUUGUAAUUUGAUUGUCAUUGAAAUAAGUUGUUCCACUCAGGUCUCAACUUUCUUGUACUUAGUGCAUUGUGAUUUAAGGAUGUUUGACUCUGAUUACGCUUUAGUCAUCAUUUUUCAUAUACAGGUAUAUUUAGUCAGUAUAUUAAUUCUCAAUGGUGUUAAUCUUCUGAUAUUCUUUCUCGCCUACAUUGUACCUUUUUUCAUAUUUACAUGAUGAUUUAUAGCUUUAUGUGAGAUUAAUUUAAAUCUAUUUACUUAAAAAUAGUGCAGUUUACUAUAAAAGAAUGGCAAUACUAUAUUACUAGAUGCUAGAAAAUGGCAAUAUAUGAGUUGAUAAAAGGUGUUUUUUUUCACUAAAUUUUUGUUAAAUUAUUUAUUUGAGUUGGCUGCCUCAGGUGUAGAAAUUAGACAAUUGUUCUUGAACUAAUUUGCUUUUAAACCAAACUUGACAAUUGCCCAUGAACUAAAUUUGACAAAUAAAUUUAAAUUAGAACUGUGCACAAGAUUGAACCUAGGUCAGAACAAAAUGUGCCAUUUUGAAGAAAUAAUGUUAGAUAUAUAUCUGGGCUUUUACCAAAGGUAAAACAAGUGAAUUUUAAUACAUUUUUGAUAAAUAAAAAUUUGAGCAAUCAACGAAUAUUUAAAAAAAAAAUACCUCAUGCAGCCAAGACUCUCAAAUUAAAAUAGCUGCAAUAGUAUCAUGCCCACGAGGGAUCUUUGUAAUCAAAUGUUACAAAAAGGAGCAUGUGAUCUGAUUUCUUGAUUCAUAAAAUUGGUUAUGAAUGAUAAUUAUGUUGUUUAUUUUAUGAAUUUACCAUUUAUCAGUAGCCUGUAUAUUAUUUGUUUUCCAUCAUUGUGUUCAUAUUAUUUUCCCAUAUAUAGUUAUUUUUCUUUAAUAAUGAGAAAAAAAAGGAUGUGUAAUAUAUAUUUUUGUAAAUACUGGCAUCUGAACAAAUAUUUCAUUAAAAAUUUCUAAACUAUCAAUUUAUCUCUUUAAUAUCAAAAACUAUAUAAAACAUUAUUUUAAAAAUUUCCCCAAACAAUCAAUGACAUUUUGACAGUAUCAAUUUUAUUUUAUAUGUUCGAUGUUACAUUUUAUUAUCUGGAAUUAUAUUUAAUUAUUUGAUAUUUUUUCCUGUUUCGUAACUAUGCUCGGACGUAACGUCAUUUUCUUGAAUUACAUUAUAUCAUAUUAUAUUAAUAUGGUCUGAAGAGGUUUAAGAGAACUGUAAAUUUUAGCCAAAAACAUGUGUUUAUUUCUUUUUUCAACGUAAGUUUCUAUAUAUAUGUCAAACUGUCUCCCUUACAGUUAUAAAUAUAACUGAACCUAAUCUCCUUUGAUACUUUGCCAUUUAUUGAAAUUCUGAUUUGAAAUUAUAAUACUAUAGAAUUAAUUAAUACACUAUAUAACAUGAAUAUGAAAACUGUAAAGUGUCAUAAGUGUAAUACUCUUAUCAUAUUUACUUCAUUUUCUGUUUGUAUGUUACAUGUAUAUCUACAGGGUGCUUUUGAUUGCUGGGAAUCUGAAUCAAAACACAUAUGUAAAUGUUGAUUCUUUGAAAUAAAAAUUGUGAUAAUUCACAGGUGAAACGCAGAGCAAACCUAAUUUCUGUUAAAUCAGGAUUCAGAAAACUGCGACAUGAACCUAGGUUUGAUUGAAUGCUUAAGCGGUGGACACACUAGCCGAAUGAUUUGGCCCAAUAAAUCGGUGACGAAAUUUGCCUAGUGUGUCCGCUGUCAUUUGGCCGAAUCAAACAUGUUUGAUAUAUUCGGCCGAAUUAUAUUCGCCUGGAUGUAGAAUUCAUUAACCAAUCACCACUCAUCAUCCACCCAUAGCGAGAAGUCACAUGAUUGUUUAAUCAUGUGACGUAACAGGUGAUGCAGUCGACUGCUGAAUCGGGCGAAGCAUUCGGCUAGUGUGUCCACUCAUUUGACCAAAUUAAAUUUGGCGCUGAUUAAUUCGGCUAAUAUGUCCACUGCUUCAGCAAUCAUCAAAAUUUAUUUCCUAAAUCAAUAAUAUUACAACCAGAACAUUUAUAGAUUAACUACUUAUGAUAAUUUUGCUAGAACAAGGUAUUUAUUUGUUGUUUUUUUUUUAAACUUUGUACAUUCCUCAUAAUAGUCAAUUAGUAAUUAAAUGAAUUUAUAGACAUAUUAUACCAGUGAUUCUCUUUGUAAUAAACAUUGAUUUUAUACAUAUUAAACAUUGGUGAGUUUCUUUGAUAAAUUGGGAAAAGAAUGAUUUUAUGCCUUCCAAUCAAGUCCAGUGCACGUAAUAGGGUGACUGGAAUUAUUGUUGUUUUAUAAUAUACAUUUGUGGUGGCUUCAAGACUAAUAUUUACACAAAAACACAACAAAUUGGUGCACCUAAAGACAGAAUAUUGUGCCAUCCAUUGCUGUUCAUUCUGUGCAGCAUAAUAUUAAUAAUUGAAAAGGGAAGAAUGAUGAACCAGGGUAUCUU